AUGCAAAAGCGAAAGAGAGCUGUCCAGAGCAAAAUCACAAAUUAUCAUGCUAAUCGUUCCAUCAAGCAAAACAUUAUAAAGGGAAAAGUUGUUAUUCAAAAUCAUGGGCAAUCAGGACCAGGAAAAUCAGCAUCUGUUCAGAUUUACAGCAGCAGCAUAGUCGAUCCAAGCACAGGCAAAGGAAAGUUGAGUGCAAAAGCCUACCUCAACCAUGGAAAGAGCAAGGGACAUAAUGGCACAAAAACAAGAACGUACAAAAUAAAAAUCCAUGUCGAGCCAGACUUUGGAAUUCCAGGAGCUUUUCUUAUGAAAAAUCAACACAAGCAUAAAUUCUUCCUUGAAUCUGUAACUCUCGAAAUCCCAGACAAUCAGAUCAUCUACUUUGACUGCAGAUCUUGGGUAUAUCCACUCCGAAAGACAAAAUCAGACCGCCUAUUCUUCUCAAACAAUAUUUAUCUUCCAAACCAAACACCUAGCGCUUUGCUCGAGUUGAGAAGGUUGGAACUUGUUUGCCUGAGAGGAGAUGGAACACAAGAGAGGAAGGAAUGGGAUCAAAUCUAUGACUAUGAUUAUUACAACGAUCUUGGUUAUCCAGAUAAAGGUCAGGAACAUAUUAGACCAGUCCUGGGUGGUUCUGAAUUAAAUCCGUACCCCCGCAGGGUGAGAACAGGUUGCCCUCCUAGCAGCACAGAACCUUCAACUGAGAGCCAGACACAAACAAUCAGCUUAGAUAUAUAUGUUCCUCCAGAUGAGCGCUUUAGUCCCAAGAAACUAUCAGAAUUCACAUCAAAUUCAAUACAGGCUACACUGCAUUUCGUUAUCGCAGAUGCAAAAUCAUUAUUCAAGCAAGAUUCCAGAAGUUUUGAGUCGUUUGACGAGAUACGCGAUAUGUUUUCUAGCAAGAGAAGUCAAGCAGUAGAGGGAAAGGUCAAAGAGAAAUUGAAGGGAAAGGUCAAAGAGAAAUUGAAGGGAAAGGUCAAAGAGAAAUUGAAGGGAAAGGUGAAAGAAAAAUUGAAAAAAUUAGUACCAUAUGAACAUUUCAAAAAAAUUACCUAUGCAAGCAAAGAAGACCUCAUGAAAUUCCCCUUACCUCAAAUUAUAACAGAGAAUGAAUUAGCCUGGGGAAAUGAUGAGGAGUUUGGACGUCAAAUGCUUGCAGGAACUAAUCCAACAAGAAUACAGAGUUUGCAGACAUUCCCACCAGAAGGCAGAAAUGGAGUGAGCACAAUACAGACAUCACACAUAGAGCACAACCUUGAUGGAUCAACUCUUUUACAGGCAAUGAAUGAAUGGAGGAUAUUCAUCUUGGAUCACCAUGACUAUCUCAUGCCAUAUUUAAGCAAAAUUAACACAAACGGUGUAUGUGCUUAUGCAUCAAGAACACUAUUUUACUUAAGAAGUGACGCUACGUUAAAACCAUUAGCAAUAGAAUUGAGCCUUCCCGGCUCCUGUGCGGGCACAGAAAUCAGUAGGGUGUUCCUUCCAGCAAAUCAAGGAACUGAAGCAGCACUAUGGCAGCUUGCUAAAGCUCAUCAAAAAGAAAUACCAUUUACCACGGAAUAUCCAAUGCCUCCAUUCACUCUGAUAUGUGCAUUUUCCAGGUUACACACUCAUGCAGUAGUUGAGCCAUUCAUUAUUGCAACUAGAAGGCAGCUGAGUGUCAUGCACCCGAUCAACUGGUUGUUGCGUCCUCAUUUCAAGGACACCAUGCACAUAAACGCAUUGGCUCGGAGUAUCCUCAUAAACUCUGGAGGAAUUUUUGAGAAGACACUUUUUUCUGGUCAAAUAUCCAUGGAAUUGUCUUCUGAACUCUAUAAAGAGUGGAGAUUUGAUGAACAAGCUCUCCCUGCUGAUCUUGUCAAAAGGUAA